AUGACAUUAGAAGGAAAGGAUUAUAAAAUUUUUGGAAAACCAACAAAAUGUCAGAUGAUAUGGUUUAUUUUAUCAUUUAUAAUUUUGUUGAUCUCAAUUGGAUUAUGGGUAGGAUUUCCAUUUAUAUAUAAAGCUGAAGUAAAAGAAAAUUUAAUAUUAAAAGAAAAUACAGAUGGUUCAUAUCCAACUUCAACAUUCUUCUGGGCAACACCUCCAUCACAUACUUAUAUGUAUUUUUAUAUUUUUAAUUUGACAAAUGGAGAUGAGGUUGAAUUUAUGGGUGAAGAACCAAAAUUAGUUGAAGUUGGUCCAUUUGCUAUAAAAGAAGAAGAAAAAAAAAAAGAUGUACAAUUUAAUGAGAAUCAAACAGAAGUUUAUUAUAAAAAUUAUAAAACAUUUACUUUUGUUGAGGAGAAAAGUUGUAAAUUUUGUGGAAAUAAUAAUUUUAUACAUUAUCCAAAUAUGGUUUUUAUUGGUGCAUUAGCACAAUUAGCAGAUCCAACAAAAAAAAUUUCACGAACAAUGCAAAAUGUUUCUUUUAAUGAUAUAAUGUUUAAUGGAUAUCAUGAUAAUUUAUUAUCAUUUGGAAAUUCUGAUUUAUUUAAAUUUAUUAAUAAUCAUUUUGGUAAAAAUGGAGAUAAAUUAUUUCCUUUUAAAAUACCAAGUAUGGAAAAAAUGGGAAUAUUUUAUGGUUAUAAUAAUACAAAUGAUGAAGAUUAUGUUAUUAAAACUGGUAAAGAUGAUAUUAAUAAUUAUGGUAAAAUAGUUACAUGGGCAGGAUCAACAAAAUUACCUAAAAAUUUUUGGUCAACAGAUCAAGCUAGAAUGAUUAAUGGUUCAGAUAGUGGUUCAUUACAACAUAUGGAUAUUAAAAAAACUGAUGUACUACCACAAUUUAACUCAUAUUUAUGUAGAUCAUUUGACAUGAUUUAUGAAGAAGAAAGUGUUGUUUCUGAUAUUCCAACAUAUAAAUUUUAUGUUCCAUAUGAUAAUUAUGACACAACAUUAGAAAAAAAUAAAGGUUUUAGGUAUGCAAAUAGAGAAAAGAUAAAUUAUUUUCCUCAAUGGCCAAAAUGUAAUAAUAGUGAUAUAGAUUAUAAAUCACUUGACUGUACAAAUUCUAAAAUUGAUUGUACAAUAGGACCAAAUUUAUGUAAUCCAUGUUGUAAUGGUAGUUAUGUUGAUGGAACAUAUUUAUUACCACCUGGAAUGUAUCCAAUUGGUUGUUAUCCAGGUAGAAAUGAAUCACCUCCAUUUUUAUUAUUCUUUUCUGCUCCUCAUUUUUAUUAUUCACCACCAGAAGUUUCAAAUGCUUUAUAUGGUAUAAGACCAAAUAAAAAAGAACAUCAACCAAUUUAUUAUUUUCAUGAACCGUAUUCGGGACAAGUUAUUAAUGUAAAUUAUAAAUUUCAAGUUAAUGUACCAAUUUUUGGAUAUGCACCAACAAUAAUUAAUACACAAAUGCCUAAUAAUAUUAUUCCUAUAUUUUGGGCAUCUGUUGAAGGUAAUUUAUAUGAAAAUCUAUUAUCACAGUUAUGGCUUGGAUUUGUUUUUGUACCAAAAUUAAUAUUUAUUCUUAAAAUUGUUACACUGGUAAUUGCAAUAUUAUUAUUUUUCUUGGUAUUCAUAAGAAGAAUAUACUUGAAAGCACAAAUCAACAAAAAAACAAAUAUUCCUAGUAAUGAUGCAUAA